CGCGCAUUAUAUCCGAGCUACUGUUCUAUUGAAAAUAAGAUCGUAUUCCCUUUUGUGCGUGUUUCGAGCCGUAAAGGAUGGCUCCGAGGUACGAAUUAGCUGUUGGUCUCAACAAAGGCCACAAAACGACCAAAAUUCGCGUGGCAAAAAAUUUAAAUGAAAAGAAAAAGACUGUGUGUGUUCUGCCAGCCAGAUUUAAGGGGAGACAAACCAAACAUAGCAAGUUUGUUAGAGAUUUAAUUCGUGAAGUAACUGGACAUGCCCCAUAUGAGAAGCGUGCUAUGGAAUUGUUAAAGGUUUCAAAAGAUAAGCGUGCAUUGAAAUUCUUGAAGAGGAGGCUGGGUACACACAUUAGAGCUAAGAGGAAACGCGAAGAACUUGGAAACAUCCUUGUCCAGAUGAGGAAAGCUGCUGCUGCUCAUCAUUAAGCAAUGCAUUAUUAAACUUUUAUAAUAUUACAUAUUAAUAAAACAUAUGUAGAACAUU